CGCGCAUCAGGUAGUAGUAUAGUCAGGCGGUGACGUCGCGUGUACGGCUAUGCUGAGGAUGCUGCAGGAUGCACAAUGAAGCGGCUCAGGUCUGGUGUUGGUCGCAUCAGUUGCACCGGAGGUCUAGUGUACGUCCAGAACUUGCUUGGGCGAGAGGUUUGAGAUUCAGACUGCGUGUGGGAGAAAACAACAGAUCUGGUCGUUUGCAGCCACAACAAUGACCUCUGAGACCGUCGCCGUGGCAGCAGGCAGAUAGACCCCCCCCCCCCCCCCGCUCACCCUUCCCAGCUUGCCUGGGUUGCCGGUAUUGCUAUGGUGAUUUACCCACACCAUCUCUCUCCCUGUUUUCCACUGCUUCCUGCCCGCCUCUUCAAUGAGCGCUCGAUGUUUCCUGACACCCAGCCCUCGCAGCGCCUCCUGAGCCCCCCUGGUCUCUAACCUCCCCCCCCCGGUAUGGACUGGUCUCUGGACAGACUGCGUGACCAGGUGGCUGGCGGCAUGCAUGCUGUGCGGGACUGCGACGCCAGCGCCCUGGCCACCGUGAGCUGCCUGCUGCUGCUGUUCAUCUGGUACUGUUACCGCGUGGGGCGCGAGCAGGCCGCCACGUCCCCCCGGAGCUACAGAGCCGGAGCGGUGGUCCCCUCCAGCGCCUCCCUCCUCGCAGAGCGGGGUGACGGGGAGGGGCCCCAGAACGGCUAUGCCUACUGCCACUCCCCCGAGUGCUUCCGCUGCACGGCACACAGCGAGGGGCUGAACCAGCGGCUGUACCACAACCUGCAGGAGUACGCCAAGCGCUACACCUGGGCCGGCAUGGGCCGCGUGCACAAGGGGGUGCGGGACCAGGGGCGCUACCUAGCCAGCCGCCCCUCCAUCCAGAAACCGGAAGUGUUCUUCCUGCCGGACCUGCCCACCUCCCCCUACUUCUCCCGGGAGGCGCAGAAGCACGACGUGGAGCUGCUGGAGCGGAGCUGGCCGGUGCUGCUGGCAGAGUUUGAAGCGGUGCAUCAGGGGUUCUCCAACUGCAGCCUGUCCCCCUCGCAGGGCUGGAAGGUGAACAGCACCCCCCACGGGGAGUGGCACACCUUCUACCUGGUGAACCAGGGCGUGAGCGUGCCGCAGAACUGCCGUCGCUGCCCCCGUGCCUACCGCACCCUGGGCUCGCUGCGCACCUUCAUCGGGAACAACGUGUUCGGGAACGCCUGCUUCUCCGUGCUGAGCCCCGGCACGCUCAUCACAGAGCACUACGGCCCCACCAACGUGCGGAUACGCUGCCACCUGGGGCUGAAGAUCCCCAGUAGCUGUGAGCUGGUGGUGGGCGGGGAGCCCCAGUGCUGGGCUGAGGGGAGCUGCCUCCUGUUCGACGACUCCUUCCUGCACACUGCCUACCACGAAGGCAGUGCGGAGGACGGCCCGCGCGUGGUCUUCAUGGUGGACCUGUGGCAUCCCAACGUGGCGGCGGCAGAGAGACAGGCCCUCGACUACAUCUUCACCCCGGGGCGGUGACUCCCAGAACAGAGAGAACGAAAGAACAUGAAAUAGAAGAGGAGAGAGAGAGCCAGAGAGAGUCUUCAGACUUCAUUCUGACUCUGUUUAAACUGUGGUAGUCUUGAUAGAAAGGUUUCCGUGUCCCUCCUCUCCUCUUGCUCCAGGCUCCAUCUCCUGGAAGUCUUCUGUUGAGAUUUCAUAGAGAUCCGGUAGAGAUGUUGAGAAGCUGUGUACACAAACAAGCCUUGCUUUCAUCCCAGAGAACAAACCGUUGGGUGAACAAUGCAUUGAAACGUCCCUGCUGCCUUCCGUCAACCCCCUUGUCUCCACACCCUUAACCCAUUCACACCAUGUGGUGUUUCUUUCUGCCUGCCUAUCUAUCUGACUCUCUAUCUCUGUGCUGUGUGCUUAUUUUAUUCAUAAGGAAGGAGGUGAAACUGCUUUCUUUACAUGUCGUGGCUCCUGGAGCUGCUGACGCAGGGACACUGUCUGCAGUGAUAAGGCUGUGUGACAGCAGGCACAGAGAACGGAUAUUAUAUCUGGUGUCUCGGCUCAGGGGAAACUGCCCUGAUGCAGGCAGACACGGAGAGCUGUUUGAGUCAGCCUCUGUUUUGCUGCCGGUGGAGUGCAGAAGUGCAUACGGAAACAGUAGUGGUCAGAUGUCCAGCUCGAUACAGUUCAACCCAGUCUGAAGCCUCAUUGCUAUGACCUGCAGCAGUGGGAGUUUAGAAACAACACUAUGAACCUUUUAUAGCUGUAGAAAGGGCACUGCCUUCAAGUCCAAGUGCUGGCGUUUGUUCUACUGCCAGCAUCUUGCAAGAAACCCCCAACGAGGCUGACCUCUCCAGCCUUGGCUUGUUCUAUACAGCCUUCUUCAGUGGAGCGGAAGGUUUUUAAAUAGGGCAGUGCACACCCCUAGCUUGUCAUGUGUGAAUAGUUUUUGUCAGUCAGUAGGUCGUCCCAGUGCUGAGAAGACACUCUUGCAAACAAGUGUUAACGAGCAGAGCUUUUUGGUUUGCCAGGGAGGGACGAUGUGAUUUUUAACAGGGCUUGUCUUUGCCCUGCAUUGUUUUUUAAUAGUUUCAAUUCCAGAGCACAGUAACUUGACUUUGUGAGACAGCUUAGUGUAUUGAAAAAUAUCUUUCUGUUGUGAGUUUGUGUUCAGUGAUCCACUGAUUUUAACAUUAAGGAGGCGCCUGAUCCUGCCUGGAUAUCAUAAACAGUAAAUGACAGGGCUGUGAUAGGCAGCGCCUUACGAGAGUCCCCUGUUUAUAAAGGCGCUCCUGUAUUGCUAUUGCUGCUAUAGUAGUGCUCUGGGGACUCUGUGAGAAUGGCGGUGCAGUUUGAGCUCCCUGGUCUGCAGUGUGCACGGUGAGGAUCGGAGAGCGACGAGCGUCUUUGCUCACUGCACCAGCCUGUAAUCCCAUUCGGCUUCCCGUGACGUCAGCAGGCAGCACGUGGAUUAACUGUUGGGACCCCUGCAAAUUGGAGCUGCAGACACACUUGGGAUGGUUACAGUAAGCUCUGUCUGCAGAAGCAGGCUGGGUUUUUUUUUUUUUUUUUUUUUUUUUUUUUUUGCAUUGCUAAGAAAAUCAAUGUAAUCGAUGUGUCAGCAGAACAGCCGACUUAAUGAAUAGCCUAGAAGAGUGAGAAUGGUUAGCACAGCUUUGCACAGAGUGAACCGCUUUCCCUUGUUCUUAGGGAGCGGACGGGACUUGCUUUUUAAAGUUUUAUCAGUAAAGCGAAUGAAGGAGAGCCGUUCUGCUGAUGCAUUUUAAAUAAGCAAGGCUUUUUAAAUUUCAUUAUCAUUUUUAAAUGUACUCUCAAUUAGAUUAAUACGAUACGGCAUCCAAAAAAGUCACGUUGAGAGAAAAAAAAAAUUGAGUGACGUGUUGAAGCCUUCUCUCCGCCCACUGUGAAACUGGGUUGGUUUAGCAUAUUGAGUGUGGUGGACAGUGGGGGGGGUGGUAAAGUGACCACAAAAACCACUGUGUUUUAGUCCGAGGUUGAGCUCGGACAGAAUGAGCUUGCACCAGCCUUACGGCAUUUUGAGUAGGGCACGUGGACCAAAAACAUUAUUGAACUCUCUGCGUUGUAAUCCCUGUGGUUGUGGCGUUGGGGCAGCGAUCCUGUUGUAAUGUGUGCUUGCGAUGUGCGUGUGGUUGUGCGUUCUUUGCCUGCAGCUGGCUCCCUCACACAAUGGACACUCACGCACCCACAUGCUGCUGUACAUUCCCGAGAGGUCUGUGCUUCGAGAGGUCUUUUCAAUCCUGCUGCCCACACUCAUCUUUAAAGCUCCCCAUCCAAAACUGGUAUGCUACUGGAAUCAGUGUUUCAUGGGAAGACACUGGUAAAGUGGGAUUCUAAUAAU